AUGCACUCGUGGGAGUCAGCACUGUCAUGUUAUGAAUUUUUACGCAAACGGCGUCUUCCCGUUUCGGAUGAGGCUGUAAUGUCUCUUUAUCUUUCAUUGCGAGAUGCGGCAGACGGAUGCACGGGUGGAUGCGCGCCAACAUGGGAGAUGAUACACCCGUUUUAUUCGCUGAGACUUAAUGACGCGGAUGGACCAUUUUGUGUGACGAAUGACGCGCGUACGCCUACCGAGACGCGAAGGGAAGGGGCGUCGCAAAGACCACCAUCUCCUUUGGCUUUCCUCAUGUCCAGCAUCCAGCAUCAAGGAACUCUGCGCCCGCUCUACCAUCGACUCCGUUUCAUUUUACAGGUCACUGAUUCCCCUGUGGCACGGAAAUCAGGGAGCUGCGAAUCCGGUGGGGUAAAUAAUGACAACAAUAUCGGUAGUGGCGGUGAAAACACCUCACUUAAGCUGUCACCUCCUUUCUUCGAUGCAUUCCCUGCACUUACCGCUCCCUGUGCCAUUAUCAAUAUAUCUCUGCGACACAAUAUCCGCAAGGAGAGAUGGAUAGAUGCAUUGCGAACAAUUCACAAUAUGCAUUUCUACAACCUUAUUGAACCGUACUUGAAGGAUCUUUCCAGGGUGCGCUCGCGGAGUGAUACAGUUGCUUUGCUCGCCGCCGUUAAUCAUGAUGCAUACUACCGAGCCUGUGUAGAAACACCUUCCAUGGUGCUUUUGAUGGACGCAUUACUGGUACGUUGGGAAUCGUUCUGGGACACAUUAAAAGGAACAACAGAGGCACAGCGUAUUCUGACAGGUCUACUUUCACCACCUCUUCCCUCCUCUGAUGUUGCUGGUGAGGGCUGCAAGGUGUCCAAGACACCAGAAUGUGCCACGUAUAAGGAGUCUGGCAUUGAAUUCGAAGAACAUGACAUCGACACCAAUCCUCUCUUGAUGCGCCCCGAGUUGGAGGAGAGCAGUCUGGAGGUGUUGCAUUUCGUCGGUCUCACUUCUGGCCUCCAAUCGUGUGCACAUGAAAUGCAGUUGUAUGAGAACCAGGAGAUCUACCAUCGCCUCACAGAGGCAACUACACGCAUAGCAGACUUUGCACUAUGUCGUCGUUUACUUACAGCGUGGACAAGUACAUCUCACAAUGAUUUGCCAGAAGCGGAGAGGCGCACUCUUCCCACCGUCGUCACAAAACAACUGCUGCUUACACGCUUGCUUCUUCGAGCUCCGUCGUGCGAAGUUGCAUUGCAGGUAUUGGGCGAGUGGCCUACACUUUAUUUUGGUAAAGUUUCUCACUCAUUGACACCAGAAACUGUGACGACAGCAUUGCGCUGUCCAGAAGUGGUUGCAGCCUUAGCGACCCGGCUACCACCUUCGGUAUUUUUUCAGGAAAUCGUGAAGGAUCGUCUGGCGCGGUCCAGCAUCAUCCUUGGUGGUCCUGCACGAGAGCUGGUGCGGGAGGCCCUCCACCGUGGCAGGUUUUUUAAUGAAGCAGAGGAGUUUUGGAUGUGCCAAGUUCAACUGGAGCUGGGGGCGUUGUGUGAUUCGGAAGGGCCAAAUCACACAGGGAGCAGCUUUACAGCGAUUGCAGAGACGUUUCUAUCACAACAGUUCUCUGUGAGUCAAAAAGCACGAUUUGUCUCCGGUCUCCUACGCCGUGUGGGUGAACCGCGGUAUGCAUAUGUUGUGGAUGCCCUACUUUGCACGAUGGUUCAUGGGACAGUACAUAAUAGUACAGUUUUGCCUCCAGAGGAGGGAAUUCCACUGUUGCUAGCCCAGGUGAUGCAAAUGUGGAUCACGGAGGACCACCGCCCUGGGGAUGCAGCGGUCUUGCUUCGUCAGGUUAUCCAUGCGCUUGAGAAGGAAGAACCGGGACCACCUAAGCACCACACUGAGGCUUCAGGAGAGGAGAUUUCUGUUAUACGAUCAAAUUGCAGUAUGCCACAUGUCGUUAAUACAUUUUUCAAAGCAGUGGCGCGACUUGGCCUUGACGAAAGUGACAACUCACGUAAGGGAAGAGAAUCUGAAACGGCCCUACAGUGGUUAAAGUUACUAUCGGAGGUGCCUCCGACCCUGUUUGAAGAGGAGACACUUGUAGUGUGGCUUUUCUGGGCAAUGCGGGCGCUGGUGCAGUGGGAGGACUUGCCGCACUAUACCGUGGCUUCCGAAGUGCAGAAAGAGCUCACGGAAAAGGUUCUCAGUGCAGUCCGAAACCUCAGUAGGUCACUUGAAAACUGUGAGACGAAUGCUGUACUUCCACCCAUGAUACUAAACUGGCUAGCGUCGUGCACUGGAAUUCCUUGGAGCGUCGCGACAGCAUGGAUUGCCAGGAAUGCGGGCGCUGAAACGUCUCAAGGACGUCGAUUUGCUUUCAUCCGCUUGCCCCUCGGCCCCGCAGCUUUUGAAACCUUCACGGAUCCACAAUCAAGAGAGAAAGCUCUGUUGGCAGUGGAGAAUGAACUACAGUUAGGUCUGCGAUCCAAAAAAUUGUACGGGUGGCGAUCCACUUCACGAGGCAGUGAUGAUGUUGAACAGGAAGUUCGAGAGCUAUUCAAUACUAUACGGUUUACAUUACUCCACGCGUGGUAUUGCAAUGCCCUGCAUACACAACAAACAGAAAAAGAAGAGAAGAGGGCGUAUAUUGCACGCGCACAACCUUCUGUAGAGCCCCAUGAACAAAAGCAACACAUGAAGAGAAGAUGCAAAACACCCAACAAACAUGUGCUAUAUUCGUUACAGGAAACACUACGAGUUUUGUGGGAAGAAGUGCCACCAGACCACACCGCCGCGUGCCCUAUACAUUCUCAGGGAAAAGGCUGUUGA